AUGGUUGAUAAGGAUGGUAUGCCUCUAAUUGCAAUGAUAACCGAGGAAGCGACUAUGAUUGAAGAAGUCAACACGAUGGGUGAAAACCCAAAAGGAUGUUUCGUUGACACGGGUGCAACCCGCCAUGGUUGUGGAGACAAGGCUCUUUUCUCUACAUUCAAGGAAGCGUCGGGUGAAGAAAAGCUUUAUAUGAGAAAUAAAGCUACCGCAAGCAUCAAAGGGGAAGGCACUGUCAUCCUGAAGAUGACGUCUGGCAAGGAGCUUACUUUGACCAAUGUGCUUUAUGUCCCAGAGAUACGGAAGAAUCUCGUGUCGGGAUGGAUGCUCAACAAGUUUGGAUUUCGUCUAGUGUUUGAAUCGGACAACUUUGUUCUUUCUAGACGAGGAAUGUUUGUUGGAAAGGGCUAUGCCCAUAAUGGAAUGUUUAAAAUGAAUUCGCCCGGGCCUGGUCACUGCGACCCCCUUGUGAAGUGGAUUCGGGUUCUAGGACAAACACAUGCGACUUCAUCAACAACGGCUGAUGAAGCAGGUCCAAGUUCAUCUACAUGGUUAGAUGAAGCAGGUCUGAGUUCAUCUACAAGGUUAGAUGAAACUCAUGAACGACCUGAGGUCGAGGAGGAUGAUAUGCUUAUCAUUGGGAGUGAUGAUAACAUGAUCAACUCAACGAAAGACGUGUUGAAAGCGAGGUUUGACAUGAAGACAUGGGUCUCGCGGAUGUGA